AUGGUUCAGUGCCUCACCCCAGCAGUGGAGGGAAACCUGUAUGCCCCGCCGUGUCGCGACGCCGCCCCCGCGGGGCGGGCUGGGAGCGCGGAAGUUCGGGGCCGCGGGGCCGCGGCGGCGGAGUGCGGGCCUUGGCCCGGCGCCGCAGCCCCAGCCCGCCAUGGGCCGCCGCGCCGGGUGAGUGGCCCCUUGGUCCGGCCCGAGCCAUCCCCAGCGCCGCCGUCCCCUCGCCACAGGUGCCGCCGCCGCGUCCCGGGGAGAGGAGCUGUCUCGGAUCCGGCCGGCGGCCGCCCAGGCCGAGAAGGAGCCGCCAGGCGCUGUUUCUCCACAGCCAUUGCCAUCACUGAGCAGCCAGUCUCGAUCUCUGUCCCAGUGGGAUACUCCUUCACACUGCGGUGCCGAGCCGAGGGACGCACCUUGCUGCAGUACCAGUGGUUUUGUCAGCAUCAGUCUGACUGCCGCCAGAUUCCUGGAGCAACCAACCCAGACUUGCCCAUUGUUGCAGAGCAGACCAAGCUCUACACAUGCAGAGUCAAUGACCUCUACAGAAAUGCUGUCUUCUCUGACUGGGUGAAGGUGGAGGUCCAUCAGUGUGUUGCCAGAGGUUUGCCCCCUCGGCUGUGGCGAGGAGAACCUGUCAUCAUCCUCAACCCCACGGAGCAGCGCGUGGAGGUGGGGAAGCCACUGCAGCUGCAGUGUGCUGCCAUGGGGGUCCCAGCCCCCUACUACCAGUGGUACCGGAAUGGAAACCUGCUGGAACAACACAAGAGAAAAAAACUCUGGAUCACCCAUGCCAAGGUCAGUGACUCGGGCACGUACCUGUGCUGUGCCUCCAACAGUCACGGAGAGCACUGGACCAACGCUGUGGACGUUUACGUAGGUACAUGUGGGUCUGAGAAGUUUUUUGCUACAGGCAAAAUAGCACUUUUAGUGGGCAACAACUGCUACCAGCAUCAUCCCAACCUCAUGGCUCCUGUCAAGGAUGUGUUUGAGCUGAGUCGUCUUCUGGAGCAGCUGGGCUUCCAGGUUGUCUCCCUCCUGGAUCUGAACAAGGCUGAGAUGGCGACAGCGGUCAGUCAGUUCCUGCAGCUCCUGGGGAAGGGAGUCUAUGCUAUAUUCUACUAUGCCGGGCAUGGGUAUGAACAUUUGGGGAGGAACUACAUGGUCCCUGUUGAUGCCCCCCAGCCCUACACCCCUGAGAAUUGCAUCAGCGUUCAGAGGAUCCUCCAGAAGAUGCAGCAGCAGCAGACAGCCCUGAACGUCAUCCUGCUGGACACCUGCAGGAAGUGGUACAACCCAGGACGUGCCCUCUCCCAGGUGCAGCCGCUGGAGCCCUGGGGAAAUACUGUCUAUGGCUAUGCCACGAGCGAAGAUGCAGAAGCCUAUGAACUGCAGGAUGGGGAGUUCAGCUCUGGGAUCUUCAUGAAAUACCUGAAGAAACACAUUCUGAAAGAGAAGAAGGUUACACACAUGUUGGAGGAUGUCUUAGAAGACAUUGGCCGGGAUCCCCUGGUCACUGGGAAGCAGGUAAUGGAGAUCAAACACACCCUGAAGGAAGCCCGGUCCCUGACAGACCCCAUCUGUCCCUCCAGCUCAGGUGCCGAGUGCUGGGGACACAGCCACGAGUUGCUGAGCAGAAUGCUGACCUUCCCCUGCGGGGCCCGGGUAGAGCUCCGCUUCCUGCGGCUCUUCUCCAACCUGAUGUCCGUAUGUGCAAAGCUGCAGCCCCCCCACGUCACUGCCCCUCUCCUCCUGCUCUGCCAGCCCCCGGAGGUGGAGACCUUGGCCAUGCAGAGGGAGAGCCAUCUGGACCAUGUGGAGACUCUGCUUGCCUCCAUGUACAAGUGGGAGGAGCUGGACUGCGUCUUCCAGCUCUGUGGACUUCAGAAAAUUCAGACGGAUGUGGUCCUGCAGUUGGAUUUGCAUUACACCCAGCCGAGCACAAAGCAGAGGACUUGUGAAAGCCUGCGAACGACCCUCCAGAAAUCCCUGCUGGGGCAGUUUUUCAGCCAGAGGAACGACUCUCAGCCAGACUCCCAGCAAACUCCUUGUGGCACAGGCAGUGUGUGCCUCCAGGACACACCGGACCCAAAGGGACAAGGAUCCCUGAGGACAGGCUCUGGCCACAGCUUGCCCAGCAGCAGCCCCUCCACCUUCAACAGCGAGCCCGAGGAGAACGACGAGAGCGACCUGGGUGAGCUCUGCUCAGCACUGCUUCGGGCUGGCCCCUGACCCUCUGCCCUGGUUUUAAUUGAGGCAACAGCUCUUCAAGUGCUGAAUCCAUCAGAAUCCACAGCUGCUUCCCAGUCUCAGCAUCGCCCUGUCCCACUGAGGCCAAGGAUGCUUUCUGGGAAAGGUUUCCCCCAUCUGCACUCUGUGGUGUGCAGGGCCUGAAGCCCACUGGGACUACCCCCGGUUCCACGUGAGCAUCGGGAUCAGUGGGCAGUCACUGUGGUGUCUGCAGAGGACAGUGCCACCCCUGUGGACAGUCGUAACACUGCCAAGGCAUUGCUACAAGUCAAGGGCACUGCUGGUAUUUUCUGCCUGAAAACAAACAUUGCAGCAUUAAAUGUGAUGAGAAACCCCCAAACACUACAGCCCUGGCUCCAGUCCCAGCCAUGGCUGCUGGCUCCCAUCACACCUGUGCAAGAGACAUGGGGCUGCACCAAGGGGACCAGGUGAAAUGGUGUGAGCUCUACCCAGGGUCACAGUGUGGUUUUCUUCCCAUGCUUGUGUCAAAGCAGGUGUUAAGUUAUGCACUUAUGUGUUUCUGAAGAAUGUAUUUUUAAUUGGGGUGACAGUCACUUUCCAGGAAAAGGAAGUUCUGUCCAGUGUGUGUUUAGGAGGAGGCUGGUUUUUCCACCAGGAACAGCCACCAGGAGUAGCAGAUACACUGACACCUGCCCCUUCCAGCAUGGUCCAAGGGGCAUUAAAGGAUGUUCAGCCCCGUGCAGUCCCCAGUUCCUCUCAGGUACAGUGUGUCGCAGUCGAGGCAGGGAGGCGACAUGGGUUUCAGGAUACCAGCAGCUUUUUUAUUGCAACAGUACAGCUACCUUUAUACAGUUCUGGGGUGACACAUGUACACACAGCAUUGGGUUACCACUAUCAUAACAACUUAUGAUUGGACAUACAGCCACAUGUCCUAACACAAUAGGCUGACAUUCUAACAGGAAACCCACUGUGUCACAGUCCUACUGUCCGUGGUUAACCCUCUGCCAGGUGUAAGAAGUUCCAUCUUCAGUACCUCAGUUUACUGAGAGCCCAGAACCAGCUGGGCUCCCCAACAGCAGUGUCCUACAAGAGAGAUGGGAUUGAUAAAGAAUAACCUCAAAAAAGUUAUUAUUAAUGCAUAUUGCUUUUCUGAGUGUCUGUCUGUGCUGUGGGCAACGUCAAUUACUACCUUCCAUGGACAACCAGCUGUCCAAAGAGAGCCACAGGGUGAGCAGGGCCCAGUGGAUGUCCUGGGUGGACAGUGCUUCCCUAAUAUCUAUUUGAUAAAGGUGGUUGCUGGAAGGGUGAUCCAAUAGUUCCACAGGUGCCAGUGACCCCAGUAAAGUGUCGGGUUUCCAUCCUUGAAGGGCAGUUUACUCUGGACUGCAGAAGAUGCUGGUGACCUGAUCCAAGCUGGUGGGGUGCUGGACCAGAGAGCACUGGAGAUCCCUUCUGGCUGUUGUGGUCCUGUGAAAGAAAGAGCUUGGAGAGCAAAAUUUCUUGAGAGGUCAAGGGUAGUAACAUGGAGAGAGGGCCCGAGCUCUGUCAAAAUUUAAAAGAGGGUUGGAAAGAGCAUUUUCUCAGUUUUGCUCUCUUUCAGCAGUGAAGAUACAUCCCUGUCUGUGGUGUCUGUUGCAGCACAGAAAAAUCUGAAAUGAUCCUUCCAGAUAAACCAUCCUACAAGUGCUGGAAACUUGUCCAAAGAGAACAGAGGAGGCUUUUAUUCUCCUCACAGUGAGUAGAGCAAAGGGAAAGAAGAGGGGCCCCAUCUGGCUGCAGACUAGAAAGUCUCCAAGGCAAAAAUGUAAAGCUCAAAAAAAUAAAAAAUUCACAGCACGUAGUUUAAAUAAGAUGGACUGAUGGAGAAGCUAAACCAGAAAAUAAUAAACUAUUUGCAGGGAGAACCAAAGAUCAACUCAACACCAGCAGCCACUGAGGACAGGUCAGUGAGAAUGGCCCUGCAGUAACUGGGGAGGAGCUGGGGGGGGUUUAUUGCCUCUAUGAGGAUUAUACACACCCUCCUGUACCGUUGGGACAAGACUUGUUUCUGGCUCACAUUAUUAUGGCAAAUAUCACCUCAUGUGAAUGUUAAUCUCAUUCAAAGCCAGUCUUUAUGUUUUUCUGAAUAAAACACUAUUGGUGUUUUUGAAUGCACAAAGCUUCACGUAUUUCUGAGUUAACUGUGUUCAUUUUCCCUCUAAUUGCUAGGGUGUGACUCAGUGUUGACCUACUGGGGUUUUAUGCUUUCAACUCUAGCUUCUGGGCUCCUAUGUGUGAGCAUGGUUUCUUUUUUUAGGUAACUGAAAGUCCUGAUAUUUGGAUUUAGAAGGUGGAUCAAAUUACUAGAUAGGAUGAAAUGAUGUCAAGUGAAAUGUGUAGAUGUAAAAAGUCAGGAUUCAUUGUGAUUUAUCCAUCGCCUUUGUAAGUGUGGCUCUUGAGUGGCUGGAUCAGCCUUAGUGGCCCUCCUGUCCUGGUGUCAACCACAGCACUUGUCUCCAGCUCUCCUG